CACAAAACAAAAAAGUACAAACCACCAAAGUGGCCACCAAACGCCUCACCACCCUCCUCUCCCACCUAUCCAGCCCCUCCCACCCAUCCCCCAGAAUGUCCUCCUCCACCACCGCACCCUGGCGCACCCCCCUCGAAUCAACCCUAACAACCCACUCCACAACCUCCUUCACCCUCUCAACAGCAACACUCGACCCAAAGACAAACCUCCCCGUCCCCCGCUCCCGCACCUGCGAAUUCCGCGGCUUCUUCCCCACCCCGCCGCUGCACCCCUCCGCGCUGCAGGCCCUCAGCGCACAAAAUGUACCCCUCAACCCGGCGAUCUACGAAAGCGAUCUGCUCUCGUUUACGACGGAUGCCCGUAUGGAGAAGACGGCGCAAUUGCGCGAGUCUGGUGGGGCCGUUGAGGCGGUGUUUUGGGUGAAGGGCGCGAUGGUGCAGUGGAGGGUGAGGGGGUGUGCUUUUGCUAUUGGGGGGGGAGGGGAGGAGGAGGGUGCUGCGAGGGAGAGGAUUAUGGGUCGUUUGAGGAGGAUGGGGGAGGCUACGGGGGAAGAUAAGGAUUGGGAUUGGGAGAGGGUGGUGACGGCUUAUUUUGCGAAUAUGUCGCCUGUUAUGCGUGGCUCGUUUACAGCACCACCCCCAGGACAGCCCCGUUCUCAAGUCCCCGCAGACCCAAACUACAAGAUGGGCCAACCACUCGAGGACUUGAAUGACCCAGUAGCUAGGGCUAAUUUCCGCGUGGUGGUCAUCCUGCCCGAUGAGGUAGAGCGGCUGGAUUUGUCGGAUUAUGCGAAUGUCACGCGCCGGCGGUGGACGCUGGGCUCUGAGAGUGGGGAGUGGGUUGAGGAGGAGUUGUGGCCUUGA